GAUGCUAUAUGUAUUUUUUUCCGUUCAUUUCAGCCGGUAAUGCUAGCGGAAGAUCUCCGCAGUUGGAAGGAGAAUGGCAUCGCCAGGCCCUAGUGGGACGUUGAAGAAGCAAAAAGAAGAUAGCUUUCUUGGAGAAUUCAUCGGAACAAUCACGAGGAAGAAGAAACAGAAAGAAGUGGUUGACUUGCAAGAAGAAGGGAAAAAUGCCAUUGAAUCACCCAGCAGUCCAACAAGCCCAGAUAUGGGUCCAGAGGCAUUCAUGCUUGAGGAGAACGAGGAAAGAUCCAUGAUAGAGCCUGGUUCUAGAGAAGAUGCUAAAGUAAAGGAGCUUAUUAUGAUGUUGCUGGACUGGAUCAAUGAUGAACUUGCAGAGCAGAGAAUUAUUGUGAAGGACAUAGAAGAAGACAUUUUUGAUGGACAAAUUCUUCAGAAGUUAAUUGAAAAACUGGCAAGAGUGCGAGUUGAAGUUCCUGAAGUGACUCAGUCAGAAAUAGGACAGAAACAGAAAUUAAGGAUUGUACUGGAUACCAUCAACAGAAUCCUUAAUCUGACACCUACAUGGAAUCAGCAAAAGUGGACUGUGGACAGUAUUCAUUCAAAAAACCUGGUAGCCAUACUCCACCUUCUAGUCACACUUGCAAGACACUUUAGGGCUCCCAUCAGACUACCUGAAAAUGUGGCAGUAUCUGUGGUGGUUGUACAGAAACGGGAUGGUUUGCUGCAGACAAGAAGAGUCAUAGAAGAGAUAACAGGGACCAAUGAUGACAUAGGAGCAAGAUUUGAGCGAGAUGCCUUUGAUACUUUAUUUGAUCAUGCACCAGACAAGUUGAAUGUGGUCAAGAGGUCCCUGAUUGGCUUUGUUAACAAGUGGCUGAACAAAGUGAACUUGGAAGUAACUGAUCUAGACAACCAGUUUCAUGAUGGUGUGUAUCUGGUGCUGCUUAUGGGACUUUUGGAAGGCUACUUUGUCCCACUUCACUGCUUCCAUCUGACUCCAACAAGCUUUGAACAAAAGGUUCAUAAUGUUUCCUUUGCAUUUGAACUAAUGGUUGAUGCAGGACUACCACAGCCAAAAGCCAGACCAGAAGAUGUUGUUAACCUUGAUUUGAAAUCGACAUUACGGGUAUUAUACAACCUCUUUACCAAAUACAAGGCAUUACCUUAGAAGGCCCUGAACUUCAGACAGCUUUAAGUACAGAAUCUCUGAAAAAUUUACAAAGGAUGCUGCCAGCUUUUUAAAGAGGUAUCAGUUUAGAAAGACGAGGAAAAAAAAACAUUCAAUAUUUUGCCUUCCCUACAUACUGUCAUCAUAUUCAUCUCUGCUGUGAGUGAGAGUAUGUACUAGCUUCUCAGACUUUUUUGUUGCAUGCUUCUCAAAUAGUGUGCCAAAAAA